AUUGUACUUUUCAACGUUCCCGCUGACAGUGGUUGUGAAGUGCGCUGUAUUGUACUGUGGCGAGUUUUCGUUGUUAAUCGAAAUUUAUUUAUUUACCAUAGUAAAAAUCAUACUUCAGCUGUUUUGCCGAUGGUUAUUACCUUCUGCCUCCAAAGUUGCAGCUAAGGUUUUCGCUCUGACUUAACGAGCAGUGGUUAAACAUUAUAAACAGACUGACAUCAGCUGGUUGUCUGGAGAUUAUUGCAGUAGAUGGGAACGGAGUCGGGAUGUCUGGAUGAAUUUAGGGAGUGUGAAGUCGAGGCUGUACACGGCAAGACACGUUAUGCUAAUCAGGUUGAUUCCUCGCAUUCCUUUUUCGACCCGUCUUCGACAUCGACUCCGUAUCCUCAUCCCUCUUGUACAGCAGGAUUUUCAUGGCCAUAGAUCCCUUGAAGCUUAUCUUCCAUGUUUUGAUCUUGAUCAUGUCCUUCCCGAAUAGCGACCGCAACGACGCAUCGCGUUAUCAUCCCAGUGAUCCGGACUGUGCAUACUAUCACCACAUGCAGUCGUCGGACGUCGAUCGGGCCGUCAUGCAUGAUACCGCGCUUGCCGACGAUGUGAAGCUGGUCGAUGCCGCCAAUCGUGUGCACGAAGCACCUUUAAAAAAUCCCGGAAAUGGUAAAUUUUGCGAGAAUGAUGAGCAGGAUGAUGAGGAAGAAGAGGAAGCAGAGCUCAAACGCCAAAAGUAUCGAAGGAAAUCCUUUUCCAAAGCCUUUCCCGACAUCCCUGCACUGGAAUUUGAUUCAACUGGAGACGUUUUGGAUUCCGAUAAGCCGAUGUUGAAAAUCCGUGCCAUUACUUGGAAUAUAGCUGGACAUCAUCCUAAGGAGGAUAUGACAGAGUUGUUGGGAUUAAUUGGCAUGAAAGACGAGUCAGACUCAGCUUCGCUGAUUUCCGAGCUGGAAGACGAUGACGAUAUGAAGAACGAGAUGCAUGAUGAUGCUGAACCAGCACCACUGGAAAGCGAUCUUAUUUUCAUCGGAUUCCAGGAAUUAAGUGCUAAUCCCAUGGCGCCUGUCAUGAACUUUGUUGUCAUGUCGGAAAUAUGGCAGGCCACACUGAAACGGCGUCUGGCGGUGCGCAACUACAUGAUGCUGCAGAGUAUCCGCUUGCAGGGAAUCCUUCUUCUCGUCUUCUGCAAAUCUGAUCAUUUACGGCAUAUCCGUUCUCUGGAAACGGCUUAUCUUCGGCUUGGAGCGUCUGGUUGGUGGGGUAACAAAGGGGCCGUCGGGAUUAGCUUCGAUGCAUACGGUAAAAGCAUCUGCGUGAUAAAUUCGCAUUUAUCUCCCCAUGACCACGCCUUUGACGAUCGUGUUCGGAACUAUCGAAAUAUUUUAUCCGAUUUACUUUUUCCUCGACGGCAUAACGUAUCGACAAUUCUGGAACACGAUUUUGUGAUUUGGAUGGGCGAUUUCAAUUUCCGAAUUGAAGGAAUAACGCAGGAUAAAACAUUGUAUUACGUGAGGACCGAGAACUUUCCGAAGCUGCUUAAACAUGAUCAACUACGACGGGCAGCCUUUGUGGAGGGAGCGUUUAGCACCUUUAAAGAGGCCAAAAUUCGGUUUCCCCCCACGUAUAAAUUUGUGGAAGGCCGGCGGAAUAUUUACGAUAUGAGGAAUCCUGCCAAAAUUCGACGACCUUCUUAUUGUGAUCGUGUUUUGUGGCGCAGUCUGAACGACUCUGUGAAAGUGCAACCAUUGGAAUAUACCAGUCAUAUGGAACACAAGAUUUCUGACCAUAAACCAGUUACCCUGACUCUACAGAUUUUCCUUGGCGAGGGUGUGGAACAGUUCGUGACGUUCGACCCCAUUGAUGCGUGGUAUGUUGGGGAAAACGGACAUUUCCGCUACGCUGCUCGGUCCGGGACUCAUUAUUCAUCUUGGGAUUGGAUCGGUUUGUACAAAGUGAACCACCACUCAUUCAACGAUUACCUGACAUAUGUCUGGUCACCCGGCGGCGGAACAGAAAACAGGGGAGUGAUAAAUGGACGCUAUCUCACCAGACCGGGCCGGUUUGUUCUUAUUUAUUUUAGUUCCGAGCACAAGUGCGGAAUAGGUUAUUCCGAACCGUUUGACAUUCGAGUUCGGAAAUAGCCAUGAUCAGCGAACUGAACCCGCGGAAAUCGAGUCACAUGCAUGCCAAAGAAAUGAGUUUUUUAAGGUGCUCUUACUGAUUCGAGGGUGCACUGCAGUUCGAACUACAGUACAUGAAAGAGUGGAAGACGUGUCCAUAUUUUUGAUUGAAUGUGGCUAUUUUGUUUGAUCUGUGAUGUUUUUGGUAGCAGUCAGGAACGGCGGUGAUAGUUUGCCUUCCCAGUGUUGCAAGUUCAAAUUAUCUGUGCACAUUAAUUGCUCUGUUGAGCCAGAUUUUAGUAAAAGCGUUUC